GGGCCGGUAUAAAGCCCAUGAACCAAAAUUUCCCUUCCUUCGGAAAAUUCUUUUUAUAUUAUUAUCACACUCGUACCACGACUCACUCCACUCAGCCCAGCCCAUUGUGUGUGGCCCGGCCAGAUCCACCCUGACCAACGGUAUUCUUACCCUUUACCUAUCACACUUGUACCCGUACCCGUACCAAAACCUAUCUUUGUUUCACCCGCAACCCGUUUCCAAUCCGAUCCAGUCCAGCCCCGGCUCUCACUUUUUUUUCCUUUUCCUUUUCCUUUUCCUUUUCCUUUUCCCUCUUUCUUUUCUUCUUUCUUUCUUUCAUUCCUUCUUUCACUGUUGGUUGGUUGGUUUUUUUGACUUUCCCUCUUCUUUCCCAUUUGUUUCCCGGGAAUCUCAUUCCCUUCUCUCGCUAUUUUAACUUGACCGACAGACGCACUCACUACCGCUCCCGCUCCCUCGACUGCAUACCUACCGUAGCUACAUACCUCCAUCUGCCAACCCUUACCUGCCAACCUGCCUACGUGCAUACAUACAUACAUACAUACGUACAUACGCCGUACCGGCAUACAUCUGUUAUCACUCCUGCAGCUUCAUAUUUAUUUGUUUAUUCCGAUACGGGUGCUACGACGCUUGGGAAGGGGCCGAGAUAAUGGAUCCAAUGGCCAUCUGCAGAUGGUUGGAGAGUGUGUUCGUGCUCCCUUCCCUUCCCUUCAUUCUACCACCUUGCUUCCCCCGAGUUGGCUGACAUGCUUCGACAGAAUGGAAGCGCAAGGCGUGACCGGGGCCCUCCUGAUCGAUAGCUCCACGGGGAUUUGUCUGGGAGGUUGGUUCUCCCGUCCCCGUACCCUCUCCAGAGAUGUGCUGACGAUGGUGGUGGAAACGCUAGCGGCGGGUAAAGCCACCGAGGAUGACGCGACAUUCCUGGCCGUUGCGUCACGGGAUGCGCUUGAUGGGGAGGGCGUUGGAGCUGUUGCUUUCAAGGACAGGUUUGUUUCUCCCCUUCUCCCCUUUCCCUCUCCUGCAGAGGCGAGUGCAGUUUAGGGGGAGCACUGCUGAUGACGAGAGCUGUGUGAGCAGUCGGGUCAUGCUCAAGAAGGGUGACGGAGUUCUUGUCGCUGUCUUCAAGGACCUG